AUGAAGUUGGACAGAGGGUAUAUUUCCACGCACUUCCGUAAAGUGAAGUUCUCGAAAGAUGGCGGCAAAGAGGAAGCACCACCAGUUUUUGUAGGUUUCGGAAAGGAGAAGUCAAAUGCUGGAAUCAAGGAUUUGGGACGACGAAGAAAAAUUGGAGAUGAGACUUUUGUAGUAGCAGCUCUAAUGGCAAUGUGUCACCCCCAAGCCAAUUGUUCUGUCUGGUGCACUAAGUGCCUUGUUUGUCAUGACAGAAUCCAUAAAAACUUGCACCUGUCCGAAAUUCUACAAGGUCAUCAUUGGUCCUCAGUGAGAGACGUAGAACACUCUUCAAAACACGAUCAACACGGAAUCUGGUCAGGUAAUCCACAUCGUAACUCUUGGAACAUCAGUUUAAAACUAUUCUCCUUUCACAUGACGUCGCCAGUUUUUGAAGACAACAAAUACAAACGACAUCAUCAUUCCGGUCAUGUAGCCAACAAUAGCUCCAUAAGUCACAGAAAUUGGCCAUUCCUGCAAGGACCUUUCCCAAUCAAGAGGUAUAGGCCACGCACGAAACCAAACUCCUGCUCCGUGUGCAGGCAAGCAGAUCAUAUAAUCUACAGGUCAAAUAGGCAGAAAAUUUAUCUGGAUUGUGCCAAAACAGACUGUACAGCAGGAUUACCACUGAAGCUUCAACAAUCCAGAUUAGACAUACAGUUUCAGCUGGAUAUGAAAGGAGAUUAA